AUGGCACCUAGUCACCGAAGACACUACUUCGCCCAUCCACAGCACCCGCUUCUGAGGACUCAAUACGGCGGCGACUCCACCCAUGUCUGCGACAUCUGCCGAUCCCAGCUCGCCGGCCUCGCCGGCUACCGCUGCAACGCCUGCGACAUCGACGUCCACGAGGCUUGCGCUGUCUACUUCAAGGAGGCCGUCGCCUUCUUCGCGCACCCGUGGCACAGCCUCACCCUGAGCCGCAUCCCCGCCGCCGGCGCCGGGUGGGCGUGCGACCUCUGCGAGGAGGAGUGCGCCCCGGGGAGCUUCGUGUACCGCUGCGCCCGGUGCAUGUUCGACGUGCACCCUCUCUGCACGAUGCUCCCGCAGACGAUCCGGAGCGCCCUCCACCCCGAGCACGACCUCUGCAUGGUCCCUUCGUCCGGGCACUGCGCGGCCUGCCAUGGCGACUUGCCGGUGUGGCAGUACGUCUGCGGCGGAGACUGCCUCAUCAGGUUGCACAUCGCGUGUGUCUCCGGGGUGCUAAGCGGCGACGACAGCCUGCUUGCUGGCCAAAGUAGCGCCGGCGCCGGCGCCUCCCAGCAGCUGGGCAGUUUUGCUAGCCAAACUGCCAGCAGCGGUUACUGUUACAGUAGUGUUGCCCCGAAACCGAGCAGCAGCAGUGCGCGCGUCAUCGCCAAGUUCCUUCUCAAGGCAAGCUUCCGUGUCGCGGUCGACGCGGCAAACGGCGACUUGGCGUCGCCGGUGCUCAAUGUCCUGGAAGCAGCUUUCAGUUAA